AUGGCAACAUGAACGGGAGCGCUGCCGCCUCUACGGUCGCCCUCGGUUUCAACAGGACCGCCGUUCUGGGGACAGCCGAGAGAGAAAUGAACGACGCGGUCCAUGAGUUCAAAGUGUUCAACAUAACCAUUACCUCACUGGCGCUGUGCAUUCUCACCUUCACUGGGGUCUUCUGCAGCAUCUCUUACCACACCCGGAGGAGGCAGAGGAAGCAGGCCCGGGUAUACGAGAGCGCGGUCGGUCGUGACCGGCCGGAGGAAGCCGUGGCGGUGCGGACGCUGACGAGGACGCCGAGCCUGCGAAACCCGUUCUCCCUGCUCCGCCGGCAGGACGCGGCCCGGGACGGCGCAGGGAUUUACUUCAUAUACAGCAACCCCAUCGCCGCCGCUGCCACCGAAGGCGAGGACUCACCGACGCCGCCCGUGGGGGAGGGGGACCGGGCCGGGGGGCCGUCGUGCCAGGGCCACGCCGGGGACGCCGCCAGCAGCGGCAUCAUCCUCGACCCAUCCACCUUUUACAUGCAGCUGUGAGUUGCGGCCGGAGUGAACCCCCCCCAGCAUUCAAACAAGGGUUCCGGGUCAUUUCAGGCUCAAAGUGAACCUUUGUUUCUGGUAAAGCCGAACAAGGUUCACUGCAAACACCAAUCAAACAUGAGCAAACAUGAUAGCACUGAGCAAAAAAACUAGAAAAAAAAAUGAACUGAAUUUUCUACUGUGAAAAAACAACCCCUUUAAAAGGGUGAGACUCCUUUCUGUCUUCUUGCUGUGACACUAAAAAGAAAAACCAAUUAGACAGAACACAGAAGCAGAAAACGAGAUGAGCAGAUCAAAACUAACGCUUUCUUCCUGUAUUGCACUCAAAUAAUCUGCACUAAACAUUCUGCUCAGUGGGAAUGAUAAACACAAAUAUAACCUUAGUGCCAUCUUCCUCUAAUCUUUACAUGUUCAUCUGUCUGUUGCCUAUUGUAAAUACUCGUUGGGGACAGUAAGUAUUUUAUCUGGUUACACAUUGUCAUUGUUUCUUAUGGUACGAGUUAAACCCAGCUAGUUAUAAUAAUUCAGUUAAACUGAAAAUGUGAUCAU